CGUCAAAGAAACAUGCGGCUUCUGAAGGUGUUAGCGGUGAUAAGCGCCACUCUGGGCCUGGCCACGGGGGCACCCUCUCUCCUCGGGGGCCACAGUCACGACCACGACCACGACCACGACCACGGGCACUCCUCCGGGUACUCCUACGAUGCCCCCAAAACUCCCUUCGGCCUCCCCGGCGAUUCCUUAGGCGACGGUCCUGCAGGAUACGAUGAGCCCGACACAGGAUACCUCCCCCCACUAGGAUCUCCUGCUGGCGGGGAUGUCGGGGCCGGCGCAGGAUUGAGUGUCCCAUCCUUCAAGCCCUUCACGGGACCAUCAACAGCCCGCCCCAUCCUUCCUAGUGGUCCUUCAUCGGUGUUCCUGAAAUCCCCGACUCCUGGUUAUGGCCCCACCACCCCCCAGCCAUCCUACGGGCCUCCUAAGGAUUCAUAUGUCCCUCCUAAGGAUUCCUAUGGUCCACCUAAGGACUCCUAUGGCCCUCCUAAGGAUUCGUAUGGUCCACCUAAGGAUUCCUAUGGGCCUCCUAAGGACUCCUAUGGCCCCUCCACACCUGUGCCUUCCUACGGUCCCCCUGUCACCUCCUAUGGUCCUACUACCCCUGGCCCGACCUAUGGCCCUCCUAAGGAUUCCUAUGGCCCCCCGAAGGACUCCUAUGGCCCCCCGAAGGAUACCUAUGGCCCCCCGAAGGACUCUUAUGGCCCCACCACACCGAAGCCAACGUACGGUCCACCCAAGACGUCCUAUGGUCCUCCCACUGUUGGCCCAACCUAUGGCACCCCGACCCCUGGCCCCACCUAUGGCACGCCGAAGCCUUCCUAUGGCCCUCCCAAGACCACCUAUGGCACCCCUACACCUUCCUAUGGCCCUCCCAAGACCACCUAUGGCACGCCGAAGCCUUCCUAUGGCCCUCCCAAGACCACCUAUGGCACCCCUACACCUUCCUAUGGCCCUCCCAAGACCACCUAUGGCACGCCGAAGCCUUCCUAUGGCCCUCCCAAGACCACCUAUGGCACCCCUACACCUUCCUAUGGCCCUCCCAAGACCACCUAUGGCACCCCUACACCUUCCUAUGGCCCUCCCAAGACCACAUAUGGCACCCCUACACCUUCCUAUGGCCCUCCCAAGACAACAUAUGGCACCCCUACACCUUCCUAUGGCCCUCCCAAGACAACAUAUGGCACCCCUACACCUUCCUAUGGCCCUCCCAAAACCACCUAUGGCACUCCCAAGCCCCGGCCCACCUACGGAACACCUAAACCCACCUAUGGCACUCCCAAGCCCAGCUAUGGCCCACCUAAGAAUACUUAUGGCACCCCUUCCCCUUCAUAUGGCCCUCCAGUAACCCCCACCCAAUCCUAUGGCCCACCAGUGACCCCUAAGCAAUCCUAUGGCCCUCCUAAACAAUCAUAUGGCCCUCCUAAACAGUCUUAUGGCCCUCCUAAACAAAGCUAUGGCCCUCCAGUCACUCCUACCCAGAGCUAUGGCCCCCCCAUCACCAUCCCAAGCUAUGGCACUCCCACUCCCACUCAGUCUUAUGGCACCCCCACCACCCCCUCCGGUAGCUAUGGCCUGGGUGGAGGGCACGGUGGUGGAUUAGGUGGUGGAGUUGGUGGUGGUUUUGGAGGUGGAAAUGGACUUGGUGGUGAUUAUGGUGAUGGUGAUGUUGGCCUAGGUGGAGGUGCAGGUGGUCUAGGUGGAGUGGGUGGAGCAGGUGGAUAUGGAGGUGCAGGUGGACUAGGUGGAGUGGGUGGUGGAGUUGGAGGUGGAUAUGGAGGUGCAGGUGGACUAGGUGGAGUGGGUGGUGGAGUUGGAGGUGGAUAUGGAGGUGCAGGUGGACUAGGUGGAGUGGGUGGAGUAGGUGGUGGUGUUGGAGGUGGAUAUGGUGGAGGCGCAGGUGGACUAGGUGGAGUGGGUGGAGUAGGUGGUGGUGUUGGAGGUGGAUAUGGAGAUGCAGGUGGACUAGGUGGACUUGGUGGAGUGGGUGGAGCAGGUGGAUAUGGAGGUGCAGGUGGACUAGGUGGAGUAGGAGGAGUGGGUGGUGGUGUUGGAGGUGGAUAUGGUGGAGGCGCAGGUGGACUAGGUGGAGUGGGUGGAGUGGGUGGUGGUGUUGGAGGUGGAUAUGGAGGUGGAGCUGGACUAGGUGGAGUAGGUGGAGUGGGUGGUGGUGUUGGAGGUGGAUAUGGAGGUGCAGGUGGACUAGGUGGAGUAGGUGGAGUGGGUGGUGGUGUUGGAGGUGGAUAUGGAGGUGCAGGUGGACUAGGUGGAGUGGGUGGAGUAGGUGGAGCAGGUGGAUAUGGAGAUGCAGGUGGACUAGGUGGAGUGGGUGGAGUGGGUGGAGCAGGUGGAUAUGGAGAUGCAGGUGGACUAGGUGGAGUUGGUGGAGCAGGUGGAUAUGGAGAUGCAGGUGGAGUUGGCGGUGUUGGUGGAGUGGGUGGAGAAGGUGGAUAUGGAGGUGCAGGGGGCCUAGGUGGAGUGGGAGGUGCAGGUGGAGCGGGUGGAGCCGGUGGAUACGAGGGCCGAGAACUGGUUGGAGGUGGAGGCUAUGGAAAGGAGGGCAUGCCGUUCACCUUCGCCUACGCCGUCAACGAUGAGUACAAUGGGAACGUCUUCAGCCACAACGAAGACUCAGACGGCGUGGUCACCAAGGGGCAAUACUCCGUCCUCCUCCCCGACGGUCGUAAGCAGAUCGUAAGCUUCAGAGCCGACCAUGAGCUAGGUUACGUGGCGGAAGUGAGCUAUGAAGGGAUCGCCCAGUACCCGUCCAAGGCCCCCGGACCCCCUAUCACCUUCCCUCCCACUUCUUAUGCCCCUGACACGUACCAGACCCCCUCCACGGACCCCUCCUAUAACUAGAUUCCCUUACACAUCCUCACCCUACCCCCUGAUCCUCCCCUUCCAUGCCCCAUUUCGUUUACUGCAACCUCUUACACAUCCUCAUCCUAUACCCUGAUCCUUCCCUUCCAUGCCCCUUUUCGUUAACUAUAAACCCAUACACAUCCUUGUCCUUCCCCAUCCAAAACCAGUCCCACCUUCACUCUUUCCUCGUCCUCCUCCUUCCCCCCUUUUUCCUCCCUCCCGCCCCCCUCCAACGAGUGCCGUGGCUCAAGAAUGUGCAAUAGACUAAACGUAAGUACCCCCCUCCGUACGCCAAGGUCCCAAUGUGGUGUUUUUAGCCUAAGUCGAACCCUCGCGUAAAACGAAUCCUCGUAGAACGAAUUCGCGUAAACCGAAUCACCCGCGUAUAUCGAACAAGCCUUACCCCCGUUCCUCUACCCCCCUCCCCCCUCCCGUUCCUCAGCUUGGCGCGCUUAUAAGAGGACGGGUCGCUGUUGUGUCAAGCUUUAAUAUCGAGUAGUUUUAACAAGGCCGAUUCAUUAAGCAUUCGGGUCGCUGUCUUCGUGCUAAAGUUCCUGGUACUUCGGCUCUCACGACAUUUCCCAAGGUCACAAAAUAGAUUAGUUGGGUUGCCAUGAGUGCUUUUUCACAUUCAUGGUGCAGAAGCCUUGUCAAACGAUCACUAGACUUACAAAACUAGCCUGCGGAAAUACCCCCCCAAAAAAAUCCACGAAAGCCUUGUCAAAUAUGGGAACAAAAGAGAUUAGUCUGGUUGAGAUCAGUCGAGUUCCCAUGAGUGUUUUUCAUCAUAAGACUACCCAUGGAAACGCCCACUCACAACUCCUACGAAAGCCUUAAAUGUGGAUGUUUGGGCAGCGAAAUGUUUAAGAAUACUCCCCUUCAGGAUUCGAACUGAAAAUGUUUACCCCACAACUCCUACGAAAGUCUUGUCAGAUGUGGAUGUUUGGAAGCAGAAAUGUUUAAAAAUACUCCCCUUCAGGAUUCGAACUGGGAAUGUUUACCCCACAACUCCUACGAAAGCCUUGUCAGAUGUGGAUGUUUGGAAGCAGAAAUGUUUAAAAAUACUCCCCUUCAGGAUUCGAACUGAAAAUGUUUACCCCACAACUCCUACGAAAGCCUUGUCAAAUGUGGAUGUUUGGAAGCAGAAAUAUACCCCCCUUCAAGAUUCGAACUGGGAUUGUUUAGUGCAAGGCUUGGGUGACGAAAGGCUCCAGUCGGGUUACCAAGAGGAUAGGACCCGAAGUGUUUAGUGAACCGGCCGACAAACACUUUUUUUUCUUUUUUUCCGCCCCGCGCUGGGUCACAAAAGCUUUACAUAUUAGUACAGUAAGUCUCCUGGUGCUUUACUUUUUCGUAUGUGCUGAUGACGAAACCCCAAUUUUUUUAAAGCUUGUAAAAAAAGAAUUGCAAGGAAGAAAAUAUAUAUAAAAAAAAGGAGUUCAUGGUUGUGAAGAAAACGAUGACGAUGACGAUGAAGAUGGUGAUGAUGAUGUCUCGUUUUCUGUUGUUUGUUUUGAUCCAUAACUUUAUCAUUUUUGCUUCCGUGUCUUCCUCCUCCUCCUCCUCCUCCU